GAAAGCACUCAGGUCAGUCACUAUUUUCCUUCCCACAGGCGGAUGUUUCCCUCUGUUCGAGUCAAGGUGAAAGGGCUGGACCCAGGGAAGCAGUACUACCUAGCCAUGGAUGUGGUGCCAGUGGAUUCCAAACGCUAUAGGUAUGUGUACCACAGCUCUCAGUGGAUGGUAGCUGGGAAUACAGACCACUCCUGCAUCAUUCCCAGGUUCUAUGUUCACCCAGACUCACCCUGCUCUGGUGAGACCUGGAUGAGGCAGAUCAUCAGCUUCGAUCGUGUAAAACUCACCAAUAACGAAAUGGAUGACAAAGGCCAGAUCAUUCUGCAGUCCAUGCACAAGUACAAGCCCCGUGUGCACGUAAUGGAGCAGGACAGUAGAAUCAACCUGUCCCGGAUUCAGUCCCUGCCAACUGAAGAUGUGAAAACGUUCUCCUUUAAAGAAACAGAGUUCACUACGGUAACAGCUUACCAAAACCAGCAGAUUACCAAACUGAAAAUAGACAGGAAUCCUUUUGCUAAGGGAUUUAGAGAUCCCGGAAGAAACAGGGGUGUAUUGGAAGGGCUUUUAGAGACCUACCCAUGGAGGCCUUCUCUCACUCUGGAUUUUAAAACUUUUGGUACAGACACACAAAGUGGAAGCAGUGGCUCAUCUCCAGUGACCUCUAGUGGAGGGGCUCCCUCUCCUCUGAACUCCUUGCUUUCUCCACCUUGUACCCCACCUACGUUUCACUUACCUACAAGUUCCUUUGGAAUGCCCUGUCCGGAGAUGUACCUGCACAAUAUCAAUCUACCCCUUUGCUACAAGAUUUGUCCAACUAAUUUUUGGCGACAGCAGUCUCUUGUCUUGCCUACUUCUGAAAGGCUAGCAAGCAGCAGCAAUUCUCAGUCGUUCAGCCCACUCAUGAUGGAAGUUCCCAUGUUAUCUUCCCUGGGGGUUGCUAAUUCAAAAAAUGGUUCAUCUACAGACUUCAGUGGGCAGUGUCUACAAGCACCUAAUUCUUCCAAUCAAAUGCUAUAUGGAUUACAGGCAGCUGGAAACAUUUUAUCACCAAACCCCAUUGCCCGGGAAACAGUAGACUGCUCUUUCCAUCCUUCCCUUGGCUUUUAUAGGUACAACUUCUCAGUGCCAUCUAGACUGGUAAAUGCUUCCAAACAUCUCAGAAUGAAUGACAACACUCAAGCUUCUUUUAGAGGAGGCAAAUGCAAUCAUGCUCAUUGGUAUCCAACAAUUCAUCAUUGCCUGUAAUGAAAUAAUCACAUUAGUUAAACAAUUACAUGCAAGCACAUAGUUUUUCAUUUGUAUGCAAAGAACACUCAAGAGCUUUUGGGCUUUACAAAGUUCAUUAUCAGAGAGUAUUUCGCAACUAUGCAUUUAAAGUGCCUUAUUAAAUGUUCAUAAGAAGUUAUAUUCAUUUUUGACCUAUAACAAAUAUGAACUAUAACAAUCUCUGAUUACAGGCAGCCUUGGGCCUCACAAUAAGAUACUCAAUAAAUGUUAUUUGAUGAAAUAGAUUAUAUUAGUGGCCAAUGAAGGAGCUACUAAUAUCAAUUUUAAGAUGAGAGUAAGGACACAGAAUUUAAAAUAUUAAUCUUUGCAGUCUAGACCAUUUAAUGCUGAAGGAAAUGAAAGUUAGAUGAAAUGCAAAAUAUUCUAAAUAAAUUCAGCCAUUUAUUUCCUUUUUACUUUUUAAUCUCUCCUAGAUGAAACUCGUUUACUUAUUCCUUUAACAAACCUGGUAUUUUUUACUUAGUUUACAAAAGCAAAUUAUUGUAGUUCUUGAAAAAAAAUCUAAGAAAUUGGGAUUUAAAGAGGAAGAAUAUAUUUGAGUCCAUAAAUAUGAAAAUAUCAUUACAUUGGUACAAUUUAAUUAUACUACUAUGCAACAAUCACAGUAAAUUAGACUAGAUAGAAGUAGCAUAAACAGGACUUUGUUUUAAACUAAAAUGUUUAUAAAGUUGAAAAGUCUCCUUUCACCUACCUGGUCUUAAUUUUUUUUGUAAAAACUCAUCUAUAUAUAAUCUGUAUAUCUUUAAGAUGAAUCAGAUUUUAAUUUUUAUGCUACUAACUCUAUCAUUUAUUAACUCAAGACACUUCAUAUCCUAAUGGCAUCACCAAACUUUUGACAGACUAACAAAACUUUUAAACUGCUUUUUCUAACCUUUCUAAAACACAUUAAGAGCUUACUAUUUUUAUUUAUUUUUCUCAAAAUGGUUAUUUUGAUUUAAAUAUGACCUAUAAAUGUGCCUUCCAGCACAUGCAUUAAAAUUAUAUGCUCCCUCAUUUUUCAAGGGAGGGAUAGAGCAGCACAUGCUUACGCUCAAACUGAGAAUUCUAGUAAGGAUGAAAUAUUAUCUGUGGCUCAAACUAAUUAGGUAUGUGUUAUAAAAGUCUGAAGCAGAACACCUGUACUACCUAGAUUUAUCAAAUCAGGAAAUAAACACCAAGAACACUUUAUUACCGUCUACUCCAAAACAGGAAAGCUGUAAGCUAACAUUUACUGCUAAAGUAAAUUUUGACUUUUUUAAGCAAAAAAGCCCAUGCCAUGUAAUAAUGAAACAUUCUGAUGGCUUACAUGACAGAUGCUCAGAAAUUAAUAACAGAAAGUAUUUAACUGAGAAAUCUCUAGGUUUCUUUUCAAAUUAUAAUAUUUAAGAAAAGGCAUUAACGUUAUAGUUGCUUGAGUACAUGGUACUCCAUGCUUUAUAUUUCAGAUAAUUUAGGUAUAUAUCGCCCAUGUAAAAGUGAUAACAGAGAACUAUAUUAGCAAAGGUGAUUAAUAUAAAAGAGUGAAAGUUAAAAUGUUAUAAUGUAGGCAUCUAUUGUAAGUGUUUUUACAUAAUGUUCAUAAAUUGUCAUACUAUACUUUUAAUUAAAGAAAUAAAACCAACAGAAAGCCUGAAUGGAAAGUUACAGUUGGAAGAGACCUCAAGAAGUCCAGUAAGCCAUCCCCCACUUUCUCAUAUCCAAAAAGCUUCUAACAGCUAUAACUUGUGUGCAAUUAAUAUUUAGUGUUAUUAUUUUAUAUAGAAUAGACACUUACUCCCUAAUAGGA